UAAUCUUGGGUGAAAUGAUUUUUAAUUUUACAAGAAACGCAACAGACGCAGUGAAUUAAGCCUCAAUUUCUUUAUUUUAUUACCGGUCCCCAACAAACCAUGUCUAGAUUUCCUCUCUCUCUCUCAAAUCGCCGGCGAUUUUUCGGACCUGACACGUCUGCAGAUCAAAUCCCACAUCAACUAGAGUCACUUGUUACAAUCUCGAGUGCAAUUUACUUAUCCGCGAGAAACCAACAACGUGAGUUGGUCUAAUGGAAGUUUUCCCCUUCCCUUUUUUGGGACCAAAGCUGGAUUCUUUACGGUUUAGUUGAUCUAUCUUGCCUUCUAAAUUUGUAGAAUAGAGCUGUUAUUUGGCAUGUGGGUUGCUCUUGUUUGGGUGCAAGGAUGUUUGGGUGUGAUUUUCUUGGAUUUCUGGGGUUGUAGCGAGGCUGAUUGAGAUUGAUUCUUUCAUAGCGCUUCAAAGUUUCAAUCUUUUUUUGCUUGUGGGUGUUUCUUGAUUUUAUCGAAAAAUGGAGACUAAGUUUGGUGGAAAGCUGCAUAAUUUCUAUGGGCCGGUGGUGCCUGAGGUGGGGAUGAAGAGUAAUGAAUGGGAUUUGAAUGAUUGGAGAUGGGAUGGUGAUCUGUUUGUGGCUUCUCCUGCUCCUACAGAUUGUACAACUAGGCAGCAGCCCUUGAACAUUGAUGAAAUGAAUGAGAGGGAGAUUAGGGAUUUGGAGAAAAGGAGAAGGGAUGUUGAGGUUGAAAAGGAAGAUGUUGGUUCACUUAAUUUGAAGCUGGGGCAGGAAGAGUAUGAGUUGGAAGGGAAGAGUGGGAAGAAGAGUAAAGUCUCCAGUGGUAUCCCCCUGGCACCUACCCGUGCUGUUUGUCAAGUAGAGGAUUGCAAGGCUGAUUUGAGCACUGCGAAGGAUUAUCACCGUAGGCAUAAAGUCUGCGACGUGCAUUCUAAGGCUACGAGUGCUGUGGUGGCGAAUGUUGUACAAAGAUUUUGUCAGCAGUGCAGCAGGUUUCACGUUCUUCAAGAAUUUGAUGAGGGGAAGCGUAGCUGUCGCAGGCGGCUGGCUGGCCACAACAGACGGCGUAGGAAAACACAUCCUGAGAAUGUGCUAAAUGCAGCCAACCAGAAUGAUGAGAAAGGGAGUAAUUACUUACUCAUCACUCUGCUGAGGAUACUCUCCAAUCUACAACUCAAUAGCUCCGAUCAUACCAAGGAUCAAGAUCUACUGUCUCAUCUCUUGAAAAACCUUGCAAGUGUUGCCAGUACACCUGAAUUGCUACCUAUAUCUCAGGACACACAGAAUGCGGGGACGUCUUCAGGGGCUGCUCAAAAGGACCUUCCUACUGGUACUGGCCUAGAUGCAUCUGAUUUGACCAAAACAAGGGUGUUAACUGAUAAGACUGCAGGUGAAGUAGUACAUAAUGCAUCCACUUCAGGAUCUCCUUUACUGUUCAGGACGAACACAAGCAACUCCGUUCAAGGGAAGAAAGAUACUACAAGGACACAACUGAACAAUAUUGACUUAAAUAAUGAAUAUGAUGGCUCUCAAGACUGCUUGGAGGAGGAUCUUCCUGAUCCCUUUGCCUGUAAAAAUCUUGGAGAUAUGUCUUGUGCUGGCCCUUUAUGGUUAUGUAAGGAUUCUCAGCAGCCUAGCCCACCACAAAAUAGUGGGAAUUCAGGUUCCACACCGAGUCAGUCGCCAUCUACAUCUAGCGGAGAGACACAGAGUCGCACAGAUCGGAUUGUCUUUAAGCUGUUCGGUAAAGAACCAAAUGAUUUCCCUCUUGUUCUGAGGAGACAGAUUCUUGAUUGGCUUUCAAGUAGCCCAACAGAUAUGGAAAGUUACAUCCGACCCGGUUGCAUUAUCCUGACAAUAUAUUUGCGCAUGGAGAAGUCUUGCUGGGACAGUCUUUACUGUGAUCUCACAUCCAGUUUGAGAAGGCUUCUUGAUUCAUCUACUGAUCCAUUCUGGAAGACAGGAUGGAUAUAUGCUAGAUUACAACAUCGUGUCACAUUUAUUUAUAAUGGCCAGGUUGUGUUAGACACCCCCCUCCCUGUGAAAAACAAUCAAAGUUGCAGAAUAUCGAGUAUCAAGCCAAUUGCUGUUACUGUGUCAGAGGGUGUUCAGUUUGAAGUCAAAGGACACAAUUUGACUCGUUCUACAGCAAGGUUAUUAUGCACUCUAGAAGGGAAGAUUCUAAUUCAGGAAAAUUGUGCUGAUAUGAGAGGAGGAUCAGAUUCUUUGAUUGAACAUGAUGAGAUUCAGUCGUUCAACUUCUCUUGUGCUGUACCAGACGUUAUUGGAAGGGGUUUCAUUGAGGUUGAGGACUAUGGUCUCAGCAGCAGCUUCUUUCCAUUCAUCGUUGCAGAGAAGGACGUCUGCUCUGAAAUUUGCACUCUGGAAAGUUCUAUCGAGCUUCCUGAUUCAGCUAAUGCAGAUGAUAACGCACUAGAAAUCAGGAACAAAGCUCUGGACUUCAUACACGAAAUGGGUUGGCUGCUCCACAGAAGCCACAUGAAAGUUAGGUUAGGUGAUGUGGAUCCAUUCCCUUUCGAACGUAUCAGGUGCCUUCUUGAGUUCUCCAUCGAUCAUGACUGGUGCGCUGUAGUGAAAAAGCUAUUAAGCACUGUAUUUGAUGGUGUUGUGGACUUGGGACUAGAUUAUUCCAAUAUACAAGCUUUGCUGGAUAUUGGCCUCGUUCACCGAGCUGUUAAGCGAAACUGUGUAGCCAUGGUGGAGUUUCUUUUAAGUUAUCGCAUCGACAAGACAGGAGAGCGAGAACAUAAGCUGGUCGGCGAGGGUGGCUUCUUGUUCAGGCCCGAUGCCAUGGGGCCUGGUGGAUUGACUCCUCUUCAUGUAGCCGCCAGUUUAGAGAGGUGUGAGGAUGUUGUGGAUGCAUUGACAGAGGAUCCUGGAUCGGUGGGAAUUGAAGCAUGGAAAAAUGCUCGUGACAGCAGCGGGUUGACCCCCCAUGACAAUGCAUGCCUCCGUGGUCAUUACUCGUACAUCCACCUAGUGCAGAGGAAGCUGAACAAGAAACGGGGAAAAGGGCACGUGGUGGUUGACAUCCCCAGGGUGUUAGAGAAGAGCAAGAAGCAAAAGGUGGUGAAAUACGCGCCUUUGGAGAGCGAGAAACAUUGCAGGCAAUGUGAGCAGAAACUGGUGUAUGCAAGGCGUAGAGGGUCGGUGAAUAUAUACAAACCAUUAAUGGUUUCACUGGUCGCGAUUGCUGCAGUGUGUGUCUGCACAGCGCUGCUCUUCAAGAGCUCGCCGGAGGUGUUUUGUUCAUUCCAUCCCUUCAGGUGGGAGCUGUUGAAGUAUGGAUCCCAGUAGUGAGAGAAGAGAGAGUUGAUGUUUGAUGAUGAUGAUUUGAUUGUUCUUGUCUAAAAAUGUAAGUUAUUUUGUUGAUGGUUCUUGUCUAAAUGUAAGUUAUUAUAGAGAUGAAUUGACGAAGAUUUUAAAAUACAAUAAUACACAAAUGUCUUUACGACUUUA